AUGGCCAAGAUUGUUACCGUCGUUGGCGCUACCGGCAUCCAAGGAGGCUCAGUUGUUCGAGCCUUGCUUGAUGAACCCUCCUACUCUAUCAGAGCCAUCACUCGAAACUCCAAGAGUGAUGCGGCCAAGGCACUUGCUGCAAAGGGUGUCGAAGUCGUUGAGGCAGAUAUCAACAAGCCGGACACUCUUGUCUCUGCGUUCGCGGGGAGCUAUGCGAUCUUCGCUGUGACCGACUUUUUCGAGCCUCUUGUGACCGCCGGUAUCUAUAAGUCGAUGGACCUUGAGAGCGAAAAGGGCAUCAACCUUGCAAAUGCUGCAGCUGCAACCGAUUCCUUACAACACUACGUGUGGUCCUCGUUGCCGAACUCCCACCAAGUCAGCGGCGGGAAGAUCGUGGUCCCGUACUACGAGAGCAAAAAUCGGGUGGAUCGCCACAUCAAAUCUAUUCCUCAUCUCUUGAGCAAGACAACCUUUGCUUGGUUCUCAUGGUACGCAGGGAACAUGAACUAUCCUCUAUACCAGCCCAGCCCCAUAAACUCAAUGGAUGGCGAGAAACUGUAUGUCCAGCUCGUUGGGGCCUCGCCGUCUACCUUGUUGCCCCUAAUGGGAGACGAGAGGACGAAUGUGGGUCUGUUUGUCAAAGCCAUUUUGGACCAGCCGCAGAAGACCCUGCCUGGAAAGAUAGUUCGCGGUCUGGUUGAGCAGAUGUCAAUUGGUGAACUCGUGGCCACUUUUGCGCAGGUUCAUAAGAUCCGGGCCCAUGUCUUACAGAUAUCAGAGGAGGACUAUGCCAAGGUCUAUCCUAUUUGGGGGGAGCUUCUCAACAUCAACCACGGCUACAUGAACCAAAUGGGCAGCAGGGCAUUCACUAGCCCCGAAGAACAGGUCGUGACAAAGGAUGAUCUAGGUAUCAAGGGACUAGUCGGGACAGCUGAGGCUUUUGCGGCCAUCAAGCUUCUGAAUUAG